AUGGAAUGCCAGAUGAAUGACCAGUCUGUCUUGGAAGAAGUACAGCCAGAAUGCUCCUUGGAAGUGGGGAUGAGGACUCCUCAAGGGAAGCAUGGAUGGCUGGUGUCCACGUACCAAUCUGGAGAGGAGAUGCAUGUUGGAAGUUUUCCUUCCCAGACGGAAACCCAGGCAAACCUCACAAAGCAGGGAGAGAGAGAGACAGAGAAAGAAGAAGAAGAAAAUGAAGAAGAUGGAGGAAAAGGAGAAGAAGAGAGAAAGAAGAAGGAGGGGAAAGAAGAGGAAGACGAGGAGACGGAGAGCCACCCGGGCUGUGUGGGACCCAUGCUGAGUGAACAGGUUCCCCUGGCUCCUCUGCACCGGGCUGUGGGUGAGCUGCUGUGGCUCUCGCAUCUGACCAUACCAGAGUGUGCUUCCUCUGAAACAGCCAAGUCUUUCUCCCGGUGGGCUGAUGAUAGCUUGGAACAGCCCACAGAGGACAGAGCUGCCACCUCAGUCAGCAGGAACAGGAACAGCCCCCAGAGAACAGAGCUGCUGCCUCAGACAGCAGGAACAGGAAUAGCCCACAGAGGACAGAGCUGCCACCUCAGUCAGCAGGAACAGGAACAGCCCCCAGAGAACAGAGCUGCCGCCUCAGACAGCAGGAACAGGAACAGGAACAGCCCACAGAGAACAGAGCUGCCACCUCAGUCAGCAGGAACAGGAAUAGGAACAGCCCACAGAGGACAGAGCUGCCACCUCAGUCAGCAGGAACAGGAACAGCUCCCAGAGAACAGAGCUGCUGCCUCAGACAGCAGGAACAGGAAUAGCCCACAGAGGACAGAGCUGCCACCUCAGUCAGCAGGAACAGGAAUAGCCCACAGAGGACAGAGCUGCCACCUCAGUCAGCAGGAACAGGAACAGCCCCCAGAGAACAGAGCUGCCGCCUCAGACAGCAGGAACAGGAACAGGAACAGCCCACAGAGAACAGAGCUGCCACCUCAGUCAGCAGGAACAGGAACAGCCCCCAGAGAACAGAGCUGCCGCCUCAGACAGCAGGAACAGGAACAGGAACAGCCCACAGAGGACAGAGCUGCCACCUCAGACAGCAGGAACAGGAAUAGCCCAGAGAGGACAGAACUGACACUCAGACAGCAGAAGCAGACACAGGAACAGCUCACAGAGAACAGAGAUGUUGCCUCAGACAGCAGGAACAGGAACAGGAGCAGCCCACAGAGGACAGAGCUGCUACCUCAGACAGCAGGAACAGGAAUAGGAACAGCCCACAGAGGACAGAGCUGCCGCCUCAGACAGCAGGAACAGGAACAGGAACAGCCCACAGAGAACAGAGCUGCCACCUCAGGCAGCAGGAACAGGAACAGCCCACAGAGGACAGAGCUGCCACCUCAGACAGCAGGAACAGGAACAGCCCACAGAGGACAGAGCUGCCAACUCAGUCAGCAGGAACAGGAACAGGAACAGCCCACAGAGAACAGAGCUGCCACCUCAGACAGCAGGAACAGGAACAGGAACAGCCCACAGAGGACAGAGGUGCCAACUCAGACAUCAGGAACAGGAACAGGAACAGCCCACAGAGAACAGAGCUGCCACCUCAGUCAGCAGGAACAGGAACAGCCCACAGAGAACAGAGCUGCUGCCUCAGACAGCAGGAACAGGAACAGAAACAGCCCCCAGAGGACAAAGCUGCCGCCUCAGGCAGCAGGAACAGGAACAGCCCACAGAGGACAGAGCUGCCACCCCUGA